CAACAUGGGUGACGAGGAGGUGACAGCGCUGGUGAUUCUCGCCGAAGGUGCGGAGGAGAUGGAGACCGUAAUCUCGGUCGACGUCAUGCGCCGCGGAGGGGUGAGGGUCGCUCAGAAAUUUCGCAAACAUGGUCCCUAUGAUGUGGUUGUAUUACCUGGAGGACUAGGAGGGGCAAAGAACCUGGCUGCUUCCCCCAAGGUGAAGGAAGUGUUACAGGAGCAGGAAGGGAAGGGAUCCCUGGUGGCUGCCGUGUGUGCAGGUCCCACAGCGUUGGUGAGCCAUGGCAUCGGGAAGGGCAAGACUGUCACCUCUCACCCCAGUGUGCAGAAGGUUAUGGAAGAAGCUGGCCACCCCUACACAGAAGCCCGUGUGUCCAGAGAUGGCCACAUCAUCACCAGCAGGGGGCCCGGAACCUGCUUUGAGUUUGCUCUGCAGAUCGUAGAGACGCUCCGAGGCAAGGAAGUGGCUGACAAACUGGUCUCUCCCAUGCUGGUCAAACUGUAGUUCUGUCCUCUAUCGAUCCUCCAGGGAUCUAAAGCAUUUGUUGUGUAGACAUGGCUAUCAAAGAAACUUGAAAAUCUUGACACUGAAAUGGUGAAUUAGAUAUGUCAUGUUGCUACUGUAAUAACGGUUGAAACUGUAGGAAAAGUAAGAAAUAUUGUGGUUUAAAAUUAAGUCUUUGCAAUGCUGUGGUGAGUAUUAUUUUCUUAUCACUGUAGAAACAAUAAUGCUUUCAAAAAGAGCUGUAAGCUAUGUAUGAUGAAAAAAGCUGUGCUUUUAAAUGGAAAACAUCAAGCAUGCUACUAGUAGAUUGCUUGUAAAAUUCUCUUUGCAAAUCCACUAUUGUGUUCUUUAAAUGAGUCGCGGAAGGUCAAGGUGUUCUUUGAUUCUGGGAGAAGUAAA